AAGGUCGUUCGAGGAAGAGCCCUUCGCCAGGUAGUCCGCUGUCUCGAGAGAGGAGACCCGGGUCAGUUAGACCGUCGCGUGCUCGUGAACGACACAGAGUCAGGAAGACUCCUUGAUCCUUCCCUAACCACCAUUGUUAAGUAUCGACGACUACGGUUGGACCCAGCGCGUAACAAAAGGAUGGAUGGAUGGAAGGAUGUUGCCAAUAUUUGCUUGGCUUCUAGUCUAUUGAUACUCGAUUGGUGUCUACGGAGCAGACUAUUCUUGAAUUCAUCCGUUGAAUGGAAAUUCCGUCUGGUCUGGAGCCGAUUAUGA